AUGCCCUUAAAUACGACGAGGCUCUUAAAACCUUACAGACCAACGAAGAUUAAAUCCCUUUAUACUCCAAAUCAAAUUCUAAAUUUAGAACUUAGAGAAUAUUACAGCUUAAUCAAGCCAGGAUCUUAUUUCAUCGAUAAACGUAUAGUAAUAGUAUAUAAUUUUCCAAUUGUUUCCCAAGAUACAUAUGACCUAUACAAACUAUCCAUUGUACCCAACAAAAGACAACUUGCCCUUAUUCCUUCCUCUCCUUAUAUAGCAACAGAUGAGAAAUCGUUCGUGUACAUAGAGGCUGAAUGCCCGAAGUAUAGCAGUACUUAUCUCUGCGAAAAGAAGACCGGCCAGCAGAUCCAGUCGAAACCUGAUUGUAUUCAGAAACUCAUCGUUCAUCAGAGUCUAGAGAAUACUUGUCAAUUCACGAAGAUAUCUCUCAUCAAGGAAGCAGUAGAAAAAUUAGACGACCAACAUUACGUGCUGUCUCUACCCGAACCUACCAAAGUUCAGUUGGCAUGUGGGAGAAAGGACUUCAACACACUUCAAGGAAGCUACCUCGUAACCAUCCCUAUGGGUUGCUAUCUACAGACUCCAGAAUUAACUAUAAUAAACGAUGACAACGCGAUAAAGGGUCAACCAUUGAAACUAGCGAAGAUACCAUACGAUGAAAUGAAUCUGACUGCCGUCUCUACCCACAUCAAUUUCAGCUCGAUCGAUCUGGAAGACUUACACAGCAUCCAAACUAAAUUCAUGUUGGGAAAACCUAUUGACAUCGAGGAGAUUCAACCAACUGCCCUGUACCACACAACCAUCCCACUAUACGUCAUAUUACUGGGCGCAAUCCUAUUUUUCACUCUGAGAUUAAUUCGCAAUACAAAUGUUGGAGACUAA